CCGUGUCCGGGUCGCGCCGCGAUGUCGGACUCGGAGAGCGAGGAGGAUGGGGACGGCGGCCGCGCCGAGCCCUUCUCCCUGGCCGGGUUCCUCUUCGGCAACAUCAACGAGGCGGGGCAGCUGGAGGGGGACAGUGUCCUCGACAAGGAAUCCAAGAAGCACUUGGCGGGGCUGGGCGUGCUGGGACUGGGCAACCUGAUCACUGAGAUCACAGCCAGCGAGGAGGAGAGCCCGGAGAGCGAGGGAGCACACCUGGACGAGGAAGGCUGGGUGAAGAGCACGGAAGAUGCUGUUGAUUACUCAGACAUCACCGAGGUGGCAGAGGACGAGAGCCGGCGGUACAAGCAGGCGAUGGGCAGCCUGCAGCCAGCUCGAAGGCCAGACGAAGACGAGGACGAUUACGAUGCCGACUGUGAAGAUAUCGAUUCCAAGCUGAUGCCGCCGCCACCACCACCUCCAGUACCUGGGAAAAAAGAAGAUGAAAAGGAUGCAGCCGCCACUGGAGUCAUGCAGCGAGAUGCUACCAAACAGUUGCCGAGUGUCACAGAGCUCUUCCCAGAAUUUCGGCCAGGCAAGGUGCUGCGUUUCCUGCGUCUCUUUGGCCCCGGAAAGAACGUCCCGUCGGUCUGGAGAAGCGCCCGGAGGAAACGCAAGAAGAAGCAUCGGGAGUUGGCCCAAGAAGUGCAGAUACAGGAGGGUGAAGUUGUGGCUGAGAGUGGAGUGGAAGGAAAAUCUCCUUGGGAGUAUGAGUUUGCUGCUCCUCCGCCUCCUGAGCAGUGCCUUUCAGAUGAUGAGAUUACCAUGAUGGCACCCGUGGAGUCCAAGUUCUCCCAGUCGACUGGUGACAUCGACAAAGUGACAGACACAAAGCCCAAGGUGGCAGAGUGGCGUUACGGCCCCGCACAGCUCUGGUAUGACAUGCUGGGCAUCCCUGAGGAUGGCAGUGGAUUUGAUUACGGUUUCAAGCUGAAGGAGAAGAGCGAGCAGGAGGUUAAAGGACACGCAGAUGAGGGGGACUCGGAGUCAACGAAGGAGAAGGAUGAUCUGCUAGCUGAUGAGCACUUCCUUAUGGUGACACAGCUCCAGUGGGAAGAUGAUGUCAUCUGGAAUGGAGAGGAUGUCAAGCACAAGGGGACUAAGACACAGCGUGCAAGUUUGGCAGGCUGGCUGCCAUCGAGCAUGACUAGAAAUGCCACUGCAUACAAUGCCCAGCAAGGUUUGAACCGCAGUGGCUCUUUGCUCAAUUCACCAAUUCCACUAGCACAGAAGCCCAGUGUAGCAGGAGUCCUGGGUCUAGCAAAGUGCAAAGAAAAGGCCCCUGAACAGCAAGUUUCCCUGGAUGAAGACAAGCCCUGGUACUCUAUUUUCCCAAUUGACAAUGAAGAGCUGGUGUAUGGUCGUUGGGAAGACAAUAUCAUCUGGGAUGAUCAGGCAAUGGAAACCUACUUGGAUCCCCCCGUCUUGACACUUGAUCCAAAUGACGAAAACAUAAUUCUGGAAAUUCCUGAUGAAAAGGAAGAAAUGACUUUGAACUCUCCAUCCAAGGAGAACAAGAAAGAAUCUUCUCUAAAGAAGAGUCGAAUCCUGUUGGGAAAAACAGGUGUCAUCAAGGAAGAGCCACAGCAGAAUAUGUCUCAGCCAGAGGUGAAGGAUCCCUGGAACCUCUCCAAUGAUGAGUUUUACUACCCCAAACAGCAGGGACUUCGAGGAACCUUUGGAGGCAACAUCAUUCAGCACUCCAUCCCAGCCGUGGAGCUUCGCCAGCCGUUCUUUCCCACCCACAUGGGUCCCAUGAAGCUGCGGCAGUUCCAUCGGCCCCCGCUGAAGAAAUACUCCUUCGGGGCCCUGUCCCAGCCGGGGCCCCACGCCGUGCAGCCCCUGCUGAAGCACAUCAAGAAGAAAGCCAAGAUGAGGGAGCAGGAGCGCCAGGCGUCCGGCGGGGGGGAGAUGUUCUUCAUGCGCACGCCGCAGGACCUCACCGGCAAGGAUGGCGACCUCAUCCUGGCCGAGUACAGCGAGGAGAACGCCCCUCUGAUGAUGCAGGUUGGCAUGGCAACCAAGAUUAAAAAUUACUACAAAAGGAAACCUGGCAAAGAUCCAGGAGCUCCAGACUGUAAAUAUGGAGAGACUGUUUAUUGUCACACUUCCCCAUUCCUGGGUUCUCUGCAUCCAGGCCAGUUACUGCAGGCAUUUGAAAACAAUCUUUUCCGGGCCCCUAUUUAUUUACACAAGAUGCCUGAAACUGAUUUUCUGAUCAUCCGGACACGCCAAGGAUAUUACAUCCGAGAACUAGUGGAUAUUUUUGUAGUUGGUCAGGAGUGCCCACUUUAUGAAGUUCCUGGUCCCAACUCUAAACGAGCCAACACCCAUAUCAGAGAUUUCCUGCAGGUCUUUAUUUAUCGCCUCUUCUGGAAGAGCAGGGACCGCCCUCGGAGGAUCCGGAUGGAGGACAUCAAGAAGGCCUUUCCCUCCCACUCCGAGAGCAGCAUCCGCAAGCGGCUCAAGCUUUGUGCCGAUUUCAAGCGCACAGGGAUGGACUCAAACUGGUGGGUUCUGAAGCCAGAUUUCAGACUGCCAACAGAGGAGGAGAUCAGAGCAAUGGUGUCCCCAGAGCAGUGCUGUGCCUAUUACAGCAUGAUUGCAGCUGAGCAGCGACUGAAGGAUGCAGGUUACGGGGAGAAAUCCUUCUUUGCACCAGAAGAGGAGAAUGAAGAGGAUUUCCAAAUGAAGAUUGAUGAUGAGGUGCGCACGGCUCCGUGGAACACCACGCGGGCCUUCAUUGCUGCCAUGAAGGGCAAGUGCCUCCUGGAAGUGACUGGUGUCGCAGAUCCUACUGGUUGUGGUGAAGGCUUUUCUUAUGUCAAGAUUCCAAACAAACCGACCCAGCAGAAGGAUGAUAAAGAGCCUCAGCCAGUGAAGAAGACAGUGACUGGGACAGACGCUGAUCUGCGCCGGCUUUCUCUCAAAAACGCCAAACAGCUUCUGCGUAAAUUUGGAGUUCCUGAGGAGGAGAUAAAGAAGCUGUCCCGGUGGGAGGUGAUCGAUGUGGUCCGUACGAUGUCCACGGAGCAGGCUCGCUCAGGGGAAGGCCCUAUGAGCAAAUUUGCACGUGGCUCUCGGUUCUCUGUGGCAGAACAUCAGGAGAGGUACAAAGAGGAGUGUCAGCGCAUCUUUGAUUUACAGAAUAAGGUUCUGGAAUCCACCGAGAUCCUGUCAACAGACACAGACAGCAGCUCAGCUGAAGACAGUGACUUUGAAGAGAUGGGCAAGAAUAUUGAGAACAUGUUACAGAACAAGAAAACCAGUUCUCAGCUCUCUCGGGAAAGAGAAGAGCAGGAACGAAAGGAAUUGCAGAGGAUGCUUCUGGGAGAAGACAGUGGCAAUGACAAAGAGAGGGGCAAAAAGGACAGGAGAGACAAAAAGGGGCUGUCUUCAGGAGCCUCAGCCAGCUCUCACAAGGAUGAUGACACUGCCUCUGUAACCAGCCUCAAUUCCUCUGCCACUGGCCGGCGCCUCAAGAUCUACCGCACGUUCCGAGACGAGGAUGGGAAGGAAUACGUGAGAUGCGAGACGGUCCGGAAACCCGCGGUCAUCGACGCCUACUGCCGGAUACGGACCACCAAGGACGAAGAGUUCAUACGAAAGUUUGCUCUGUUUGAUGAGCAGCACCGUGAGGAGAUGCGGAAGGAGCGGCGCAGGAUCCAGGAGCAGUUACGGCGCCUGAAACGGAACCAAGAGAAAGAGAAACUCAAGGGCCCUCCAGAAAAGAAGCCCAAGAAAAUGAAAGAGCGUCCAGACUUGAAACUGAAAUGUGGAGCAUGUGGUGCCAUUGGGCAUAUGAGGACUAAUAAGUUCUGCCCUCUCUACUACCAAACCAAUGCUCCACCUUCCAAUCCCGUUGCAAUGACAGAGGAGCAGGAGGAAGAGCUGGAAAAAACAGUCAUUCACAAUGAUAAUGAAGAACUCAUCAAAGUAGAAGGGACAAAAAUUGUCCUGGGAAAACAGCUGAUUGAGAGUGCUGAUGAGGUUCGCAGGAAAUCACUGGUCCUGAAGUUUCCUAAACAGCAGCUCCCUCCAAAGAAGAAGCGGCGAGUGGGGACGACAGUUCACUGUGAUUAUCUGAAUCGUCCCCACAAAUCCAUCCACCGGCGGCGAACAGACCCCAUGGUGACGCUGUCAUCCAUCCUGGAGGGCAUCAUCAAUGACAUAAGGGAUCUUCCUAAUACAUACCCCUUCCAUACGCCUGUGAACCCCAAAGUUGUCAAGGAUUAUUACAAGAUCAUCACCCGGCCCAUGGAUUUGCAGACCCUGCGUGAAAACGUCCGGAAGAGGCAGUACCCGUCCCGGGAGGAGUUCAGGGAACACCUGGAGCUGAUUGUGAAGAACAGUGCAACCUACAAUGGGCCAAAGCACUCCCUGACCCAGAUUUCUCAGUCCAUGCUGGACCUGUGUGAUGAGAAGCUAAAGGAGAAGGAAGAUAAACUGGCUCGAUUAGAGAAAGCAAUUAAUCCCCUCCUGGAUGAUGAUGAUCAAGUGGCCUUUUCCUUCAUUUUGGAUAACAUUGUCACUCAGAAGAUGAUGGCAGUUCCAGAUUCUUGGCCGUUCCAUCACCCAGUUAACAAGAAGUUUGUUCCUGAUUACUACAAGGUGAUUGCUAACCCGAUGGAUCUGGAGACCAUCCGCAAGAAUAUCUCCAAACACAAGUACCAGAACAGAGAGACUUUCCUGGAUGAUGUUAACCUCAUCCUUGCCAACAGCAUCAAGUACAAUGGGCCAGACAGUCAGUACACAAAAACAGCCCAGGAGAUUGUGAACAUCUGCUAUCAGACUUUAGCUGAGUACGACGAGCACCUGACUCAACUGGAGAGAGACAUCUCCACUGCUAAGGAGGCAGCACUGGAGGAGGCAGAUCUGGAGAGUCUUGAUCCAAUGACCCCUGGGCCCUACACCCCACAGAUGCGCCAGGGGCGAGGAAGGCUGGGAGAGGAAGACUCUGACGUAGAUAUCGAAGGAUUUGAUGAGGAUGAUGAUGGGAAGCCCAAGACUCCGGCCCCAGAGGUGGAAGAUGCGGAUGGUGACCUUGCUGAUGAGGAAGAAGGAUCAGCCCAGCAGCCCCAGGCCAGUGUCCUCUAUGAAGACUUGCUUAUGUCUGAUGGAGAGGAUGAUGAUGAUGGGAGUGAUGAAGAGGGGGACAAUCCUUUCUCAUCCAUCCAGCUGAGUGAGAGUGGCAGCGACUCAGACGUGGAGCCCAAUGCGGUGAGACCUAAACAGCCUCAUGUUCUCCAAGAGAACACGAGGAUGGGCAUGGACAACGAGGAAAGCAUGAUGUCUUACGAAGGAGAUGGUGGGGAGACAUCUCACGUUAUGGAGGACAGCAACAUCAGUUACGGCAGCUACGAAGAACCAGACCCCAAAUCCAAUACGAGAGACACGAGCUUCAGCAGCAUCGGAGGGUACGAGAUCUCCGAAGAGGAGGAGGAGGAGGAACAGCAGCGCUCGGGGCCAAGCGUGUUAAGUCAGGUCCAUCUGUCUGAGGAUGAGGAAGACAGCGAGGACUUCCAUUCCAUCGCGGGAGACAGCGACCUGGACUCAGAUGAAUGAACUCCCUCUCCUGAGAUGGUGAUUGUCCUGGGCCACUCCUGGCUCCUGAAUGUCUCUCGUCCCAGUUUGGUGUAAGGAACAGUGGAACGCGGACUGUGUUAACGAGCAGAUUAAUUUUUUUUCAUAUAAUGUUUUAAUUGGUUAUAAAACAUGUUUUGGGGUGGAGUGAACGGUGAAAAAUAAGCUUUAGCCAAACGUGCUCUGCUGAAGCCUUGGCUUGUUGUAGCCUGGACCAGCUCCAGCAUCCAGAUCCAGUUCAGUCUUUAUAGAUGUAAAACAAUUCCUCAGAAAUACUGGCCAGUCAGACACAUUCAUGUCUGUCAGGAAAAAGAAAAGCCUGCUCAGAAUAAAACACCUGCUGUUGAUAAACAAGUAUAAA